GACGUUAUACGAUAGGCAUUCACGUGUGUGCCUUGACAUCCACUCCUCCGCGGCCAUCACAACAAGUGAUUUGAAAAUGUGCAAACGUUCAACAGGAAUUUAAUGCUAGGCUAGCUGGAUAUUUCCAUUUCCAAAUUAACAUAAUGUGAGAUAAUUGUGCAGUAAUCCAUUUUAUUUGAUUAUGCUCUGUAUUUUGUUGUCAAAGUAUUUAUGUAAAUGCUUCCAUGAUUUAAUAGCAGACAAUGAUCAUGAGAUGCCCAUCUAAAUCUGUUGAACGUUAGCGUAGCUAGCUAGCGUUAAAGUUAAUCAGAACUGUAACAGUACAAGUUACAAAAACCGCCAUGACUGAGUGGAGAUGGACCAAGGCAGUAGAAGAACAUUCAAUCCAAAUGGAGGAUCUGGACACUCAUCAUCACACAGCUAUUUUGUCACUCCAUGUGAUCCCUGGCACAGCACACCGGUGAAAAAGAAGAAUGUGGGAGCUUCUAUCGAGGAGCCUUCCCUAGUGUCCACCUCAGCUCAGAGUGAGGGACAGAAGAUGGCCAGCCAGUCAGCCAGAAGUCCCCCAAGCCUCAGUCCCACAGGAAGCCUCUACACCCAACCCCCCUCCCUGUCUCUACCCCUCCUACAGGACAGAAUGCCUCUUGGUGAGAUGGAGAGUGCCACCAUCCAAAGGCAGAGGCGGGAGCUGCAGCUGCUGAUUUGUGAACUGAAAGACCGGGACCAGGAGCUCAACACCAUGGCUGCUGCCCACCACAAGCAGCUCACUGCCUGGGAACAAGACCGCCAGAGAGUCCUGACCCUGGAGCAGAGGUGUGCUCGCCUGGAGGAUGAGCUUCAGAAGCGUAAUGAGGUGAUCAGAGCUGUAACUAAGAGGGUUCAUGUCGUGGAGGCCCGGGAGAAGGAAGGCCACAGGGAGCUCAACUCUACCCAACAACAGCUGCUCGAGCUAGGGAAGAAACAGCAGUACACCAGCCAACACUGUCACGACCUGAAGGAGAAGAACCAAAGUCUGAACUCCACAGUGAUGUCUUUGUCAGCCCAGCUGGGCUCUCUGCAAGUCAGAGGGGAGGAGCUCAGCACCAUGCUCAGACUCAAGGACAAGGAUGUGACGGAGGCAACCAAUCACAUCGUAGAUCUGUCUGGGCGCCUGCGGGAGAUGGAGGGGUCGCUGAAGGAGAGUCACUCACGGGAGGCCAGGGUGCUCAGGGAGGUCGAGGAGCACAAACGGCGAUACAGAGAGGUCCGGCACGAGAACACACGGCUCAAAGAGGAGUUACAGCAGCAGGUAACAGAGGGCAGUGCCCAGAGAGAGGACAUCAUCCGUCUGAAGCAGGAAGGACAGCUGCUGCGAAGGGAGCUGGCUCUCUCGGGUGAGGGGGAGAGCUGGAAGGAUGAGCUGCUGGGAUUGGCUCGUUCCAAGCAGGAGCGCACAGAGUCGGAGCUGCACUGUCUACGCCAGGUGUGUGAGAACCAGCAGAAUGACCUGCAGCUGCUUCAGUUGAACCUGGAGAGCACCCGGGAGACCCUGAAACAGGCUGAGGGACAGGGGCCACAUGGGAGCCAAGGUGAUCUCACCUGUGUGUACCUGGAUAGCCCCUCCCCUUCCUCACGGAGUAGGAGGAGCCUCGGUCUUGCGAAUGACUCCGCCUCUCCAACAACCGCCAAUGAACGAGGUGUUGUCAACGGCAACCUGGGAGGCCUUUUUGCAGCUUUAGACGAUGAGGACCAGCGUUCCUCCACCAAUAAUCUACAAAGGCUGCUAGAUGAGUCUCGUCAGAUGGUGGCUAGCCUGGAACGCACAACCCUACAACCUUUAUGCCCCUCCCACAGCCCGUCCUCUAACUGUGACGCUAUCAUCAGCCUCAGCAUCGGCCAAAACAGUGGCAACAGUAGCCAUGGGAACCACAGUCGUAACUGUGACAGACACAAUCACAGCAAUCCCGAUCACCACCCCAACCAGAGCUCCACCUACACCACAAGACCCAGUCAAACCAGCCGGCUGGAUGGUGAUACUCCACCCAGGAACACUCAGCCCUUCCAGAGGAACGAGGAACCUGGGGGGCUAUAGAGGGAAGGGACAUCUACCUAAACACACCUUCACACACCUGGCCUGGAAAGUCUAGGAGGGGUGAUGAUGGAGGCUGCAGACUACUCUGUUUUCUACUGUAGCCAUUGAGACCAUAGUCACAUUGGUAUGGCUUUGCCCCCAGUCCCAAACCUAUAUCAGUCACAAUCCAGGAAGUGACAAUUUGGGUCAAAGGUGAAAUCUCCUCCAAUCAGAACCAGGGACACAGCAAUAGCAAGCCAAUGAAUGAAUUAAACUGCUUUUUUAGGAAACCAAAGAAGGACUUACAUUUCUUUAUGUGAAAAGUUAUGUUAUGUUAUACGAUACAUGAGACUUUUUAAACUAUUGUUUUAACAACAUUUAAAGCGUGUUUAGUGUUAAAUGUCCAAAGUCCUGCCCUUCGCAGUCCUGGUCAUAAGCUAUUUAGGAACCAUUUAGUAAUAUGAUUGUGAGAUGUGAAACCAGUCAUUCAGACCUGUUGAAUGGUGCUUCUGGGUUAUUGUCAUUCCGGUUUCACUGCCUGCAAACCUGCUGGAUGGCUCCAAUAGGAUGACUGAUGAGGUAAGAGAGACUGCUGCAUUGAAAAGAAACCUGAACCUCACUUUCUUCAUUAGCAUAUUGUUUUUGUAUUUUUGAUGUGAACAUUUUGUAAUUAAUGUUUUUGUACUCAUUACUUUUUAUGUAAAAUAAUUUAUAUUCAGUGCAAAUGCAAAUACUAAGAAAAAUGUACCACUGCAGUAAACAUUUUAAUAACCACUUCAAAUGCCAGGUCUUAUGUGAUUUUGAUAACAUGAUGAAUGAAAAAUACGAUUAAUA